AUGUGCAAGAACCCACUUGUUCAGGAGAAGAUCUUACAAGAGAUCAGAGAUGUGACAUCAAGUCACGAGAGAACAACCGAUGUAAACGGUUUCGUUCAGAGUAUAAAUGAAGAGGCUCUUGAUCAGAUGCAGUAUCUCCAUGCAGCCUUGUCUGAGACCUUGAGGCUUUACCCUCCUGUGCCUGUGGACAUGAGGUGUGCAGAGAAUGAUGACAUACUCGCAGAUGGACAUAGAGUGAAGAGAGGGGAUAAUGUCUACUACUUGGCCUAUGCAAUGGGAAGGAUGACUUAUGUAUGGGGACAAGAUGCUGAGGAGUUUAAGCCAGAGAGAUGGCUCAAGGAUGGCGGGUUCCAACCAGAAUCACCAUUCAAAUUCAUAAGCUUUCAUGCUGGUCCAAGAAUCUGUCUUGGCAAGGAUUUCGCAUACCGGCAAAUGAAGACAGUAUCGAUGGUACUUCUUCACUUCUUUCGCUUCAAAAUGGCUGAUGAGAAGAGUAACGUGCGUUACAAGAGAAUGCUUACGCUUCAUAUUGAAGGAGGACUCCAUCUCCAUGCAAUCCCAAGGACAAGCACUUGA